AUGGCGGGGAGAUUGUUCGAAAUGGUUAUAUUAAUAUUUUUGUGUUACGGGAUAGAAGCUGCAAGAAUUUUGGCCUGGUUUCCUACACCAUCAAUAAGUCAUCAAAUUGUGUUUAGACCAAUUAUCCACGAACUUGCAAGACGAGGACACGAAGUGAAAUUUAUAACACCCGAUCCAGUUUAUCCUAUGGGAGACGAUUUGAAAAAUCUAACUCAAGUUGAUGUACAUGAUAUAUCAUACGCUAAUUGGCAACAAUUACUUAUAGAUCACAGAAUUGACAAACAAGAAUUAAUCACUCAAAUAAAAAACUUUUUAGAAAGAUUUACUUUGGUUUUUGAUAAGCAACUUGAGGUUCCAGAAGUACAAAGAAUAGUGAAGGAAGAACGAAACAGGUAUGAUUUAAUUCUAACUGAAGCCUGUGUUCGAGUUGGUGUUGGUCUCAGUCAUAUAUUCAAGGUUCCAGUAGCUUUGAUUGGUUCGUUUGGAAUAGUUUCAACUCAAUAUAGCUCUUAUGGUGCACCGAUACACCCGUUCUUGUAUCCAACUCCAGGUCGUCUACGAUUGUACAAUUUAUCCACGUUUGAUAAAAUAUCAGAACUGAUAAAUAUUUUAGUUUUUGAGGCCAUAGUAAAGACUACAGAACCGUUUGAUUAUAUGAUAAUGACUAAACAUUUUGGCGAUGAUAUUCCAACUUUCGAUGAAUUAUAUAAGCAAGUCAAAUUGGUGUUAGUAAACGAGCAUCCACUGUGGGCUGAUAAUCAUCCCGUUGGACCUAACAUCAAAUAUAUUGGUGGAGUACAUCAGAGUCCUCAAAAAGAACUUCCAAAGGAUCUAAAAAACUAUCUCGAUGCGUCAAAGAAUGGAGUUAUAUACAUUAGCUUUGGAACUAAUGUAAAAACUACGCUUCUACCACAAGAAACAGUAAAACUUAUGAAUAAAGUAUUUUCUGAACUUCCUUAUAAUGUUUUGUGGAAAUGGGAUAGCGAUCUUCCAGGAAGACCUAGCAAUGUCAAAAUAUCUGAAUGGUUUCCUCAAGCCGACUUACUCAGGCACCCAAAUGUAAAACUGUUUAUAACACAGGGUGGAUUACAAUCAACAGAUGAAACAAUUACUGCUGGUGUACCAGUGAUUGGUAUGCCGGUCUUAGGAGACCAAUGGUACAACGUGGAGAAAUAUGUUCACCACAAAAUCGGACUUCAGCUUGACUUAUUCACACUUAAGGAAGAUGAAUUUAAAAGUGCCAUUGAGACUAUUAUCACAGAUCCAAGCUUCAAGAAGAACAUUUUAAGGCUUCGCGAUCUGAUGCGAGAUGUACCAAUACAACCAUUAGACAACGCAGUCUGGUGGAUAGAGCAUGUUAUCAACUUUGGAGGUGACCAUUUAACACCUCCAGCGGCAGGAAUGAGCUGGUUUGAGUAUUAUGAACUACCACUGGUCUUAACAUUAUUUUCUAUUUUACUCGUAAUUUUGCUAGUAAUUUAUUUAGUGUUAAUAUUUGUUAUAAGAUUUGUUAAAAGUAUGUUAACAUCGAGUAAAAAAUUAAAAUUGACGUAAUUGUAA